AUGAAUUUCGCUGGAAAAGUAGUGAUUGUUACCGGCGCCAGCUCUGGAAUUGGUGCUUCCACUGCUGUAUUCUUAUCAAAACUUGGAGCUAAGCUGUCACUAAUCGGAAGAAAUGUGGACAAUUUGCAAAAGGUCAAUAAGGACUGUGAAAGAUCAACUACAACUCUCGUCGUGCCGGCUGACUUGACUAAAGAAAAUGACAUCGAAAAAAUUGUAAAGAAUACAGUAGACCAUUAUGGGCAAAUUGAUGUUUUGAUAAACAAUGCCGGCAUUAUAGAAACGGGAACCAUCGAGAACACCUCGUUGGCUCAAUACGACCGUCUUAUGAACACUAAUGUACGGUCAAUUUAUUACUUAACUAUGUUAGCAGUGCCACAUUUAUUGAAAACUAAGGGUAAUAUUGUGAAUGUAUCGAGUGUUAAUGGCAUUAGAUCUUUUCCUGGAGUUCUAGCUUAUAAUAUCUCGAAAGCUAGUGUAGAUCAAUUCACAAGAUGCGUGGCAUUAGAGCUAGCACCUAAAGGAGUAAGAGUAAAUUGUGUGAAUCCUGGAGUUAUACUUACAGAACUUCAAAAACGUGGCGGAUUAAGUGAUGAACAAUAUGCAGCAUUCUUGCAAAGAUCAAAGGAAACUCAUGCAUUAGGAAGACCGGGUAAACCUGAGGAAGUUGCAGCGACUAUAGCUUUUUUGGCAAGUGAUCUAGCUAGCAACAUUACCGGGGCUAGCUUGCCAGUUGAUGGUGGUCGUCAUGCUAUGUGCCCUCGC